AUGGCUAGUUUUUCAAGGGCAGUGUGUUCUUCACUUGUCGUCUUCUUCCUCUUCUUGAGCUUUUCAGAAGCCAGAGACCACUUGAUUGGUGGCAAAUCUGAUUCAUGGAAAGUCCCUUCAUCUGAAUCUGAUUCUCUCAAUCACUGGGCCGAAAAAUCCCGAUUCCAACUCGGCGAUUCUUUAGUGUGGAAAUUUGAUGCGUCGAAGGAUUCAGUGAUGCAAGUGACAAAGAGAGACUACGUUACAUGUAACACAUCAAGUCCCAUUGAAGCUUACACUGAUGGCAACACGAAGGUGAAGCUGGAGCGAUCGGGGCCAUACUACUUCAUUAGUGGGGCGGAGGGGCACUGCGAGAAGGGUCAGAAGGUUAUUGUUGUGGUGAUGUCUGAGAAGCACCGCCGCUUCAUGGGCGUUUCUCCUGCACCUUCUCCGGCAGAAGUUGAGGGUCCGGCAGUUGCGCCUACCAGCAGUGCUGUAAACUUGAAGGGCAGCCUCUUGGUGGCACUGGGGGCUCUGUUGGGAUUCCUUAUGAUGUGA